CAGUGAGUUCGGUAGUGCGUAGUCUUUCUCUUGAAGCUGCAAAAACGUGACUUUUUGUGUAAUCUUCAGCCAAGUGCCGAGAAGACCUUUGGAUUUUGAAGUAUCAUAUUUUAUCCAUACCGGAAGGGAUUGAAUUUCAGAAUGUUUCGCCUACCGACAGUGUUACGGUGUACCGUCGCCCGUCAAAUUGCGUCUGGUUAUCGUGGCUACGCCAAAGAUGUCCGGUUUGGACCAGAAGUGCGCGCCCUAAUGCUUCAGGGUGUUGAUGUUCUUGCCGAUGCCGUUGCCGUCACAAUGGGACCGAAGGGACGCAACGUCAUUUUGGAGCAGAGCUGGGGCUCGCCCAAGAUCACCAAGGAUGGUGUCACCGUGGCCAAGGGAAUCGAACUGAAGUGCAAGUUCCAAAACAUCGGUGCCAAGCUGGUGCAGGAUGUGGCCAACAACACCAACGAAGAAGCUGGAGAUGGAACCACCACGGCCACCGUUCUGGCUCGUGCCAUCGCCAAAGAAGGUUUCGAGAAGAUUUCCAAGGGCGCCAAUCCGGUGGAAAUCCGCCGCGGUGUGAUGCUGGCCGUCGAUGCUGUCAAAGAUCACCUGAAAACAAUGUCGCGUGCCGUAACUUCCCCGGAGGAGAUCGCCCAGGUGGCUACCAUCUCGGCCAACGGAGACCGAGCCAUCGGAGAUCUGAUCAGUGAGGCGAUGAAGCGCGUUGGAAAGGACGGAGUCAUCACAGUCAAGGACGGCAAAACCCUUGUCGAUGAACUGGAGGUCAUUGAGGGAAUGAAAUUCGACCGCGGAUACAUCUCGCCCUAUUUCAUCAACUCCAGCAAAGGAGCCAAGGUCGAGUUCCAAGAGGCCUUGGUACUGUUUUCGGAGAAAAAGAUCUCCACAGUUCAAUCAAUCAUUCCUGCUUUGGAAUUAGCCAACACUGCUCGUAAACCACUGGUCAUCAUUGCCGAGGACAUCGAUGGAGAAGCUCUAAGUACGCUGGUUGUGAACAGACUGAAGAUUGGUCUGCAGGUUGCCGCUGUCAAGGCUCCCGGAUUCGGAGAUAAUCGCAAGAGCACAUUGUCCGACAUGGCCAUCAGCACCGGUGGAAUCGUUUUCGGUGAUGAUGCCAACCUGGUCAAGCUGGAGGAUGUUCAGUUGUCCGAUUUGGGACAGGUCGGUGAGAUCACCAUCACCAAGGAUGAUUGCAUGAUGCUGAAGGGUAAGGGCGAUGCCAAGCACGUUGAAGCUCGCGUCGAGCAAAUCCGGGAUCAGAUCGCUGAUACCACUUCCGAGUAUGAGAAGGAGAAGUUGCAGGAACGGCUCGCCCGUCUGUCGUCGGGAGUUGCCGUCCUCAAAAUUGGAGGUUCAAGCGAAGUGGAAGUUAACGAAAAGAAGGAUCGUGUCAACGAUGCCCUGUGCGCAACCCGCGCUGCCGUCGAGGAAGGAAUUGUUCCCGGAGGUGGCACUGCCUUGCUUCGUUGCAUCAAGACUUUGGAGAACCUCAAGGGAUCGAAUGACGAUCAGAAGGCCGGUAUCGAUAUUGUGCGAAAAGCCCUGCAUCAGCCUUGCACUCAAAUUGCGAAGAACGCCGGAGUUGAUGGUUCCGUUGUGGUUGCCAAGAUUCUGGAUAAGCAGGGCGACUUUGGGUAUGAUGCCCUCAACGGUGAGUAUGUCAACAUGAUUGAGAAGGGAAUCAUCGACCCGACCAAAGUCGUCCGAACGGCUCUUACCGAUGCCUCCGGAGUUGCUUCGCUGCUGUCUACGGCUGAAUGCGUCGUAACAGAGGAACCUAAGCCAGAAGGUGCCGGUGGUAUGCCGGGCAUGGGCGGUAUGGGAGGAAUGGGCGGCAUGGGAGGCAUGGGUGGAAUGAUGUAAGCCUAUCCAACAGCAAACCUCUUAAGCAUAAGCCAGUGUUAAGACUCGUUUAGUCAGUAAGUAUGCAACACAAGCGAUGAAGCUAUUUGGAAGGAUAUUCCGGAUCCUAGCAAGUUCAAAUCGACGGAAGAUCCUCCCAUCUACCUUCGUCCUACAAUCACGAACAAACAAAGCAUUUAAGAGACUUUUUCGAUGUUCAAUCUCCUUUCGUGCUGUGCAAUCACGCAACAUGAGAAUAGAUCGUUAUUAUAGUUUUAGAAGAGAUCGGGGUCAAUCUUCCUUAUGGUGAAAUCGGUGACCGCAAGAGCAAUCCGUAACGCGAUUGUGAUUAUUCUGCGUUUGAUACGUAUUUCAGGCGGUUUAUCAAUGGUCCCAAAAAACGGGACUGAGGUUGUUUUAAAUUAAAACAAUCACCGAUCACAAAAAAGACUCCCAAUACAGAGAAAACCAUCACACGGAACGGUUACCACAUAUUUGUGUAAUGUUAGUCCUUACUUUUCGGAAAAAAGGAGUUCCAAUUAAUUCUCCCUUCUGACGUCGGACAGAUUUAUUCGUCAAUCAUAUUUUCAUUUUCGAAUCAUGGUUGCUGAAAAGUUCCACUGAGUAAAAAACGAUAGUUUUUAGUUUGCAAUGGAAAAAGUAGAAGCGAGUUUAGUCAAAGAGUAGGUAGUUGUAUAGAUUUUUUCUGAUUCUGUGGAAGGCAUUAUCUCUAACAUUUUUUUUUGUUGAUUGAGUGAAACCGAAUAGUGAUUUUUGGAAUAGGAUGCAUUUUUGUUUUGUGUUGAAGGAAAUAAACUGAAUCGUACUUCUAGUGUAAAAGCAUUUAAGUUGUCGAACAUUGCCUGUAAAGCUGAUAGAAAUAAUGUUGGGCAAAUAAGUUCAACCACAAGACACAGGCAACUAAAAUAAGGACAACUUAGGGAACCUAAGAUCGGUGAGAUCACCAAGAGAAUAUAUACAAACAUUUUUAUACAAAGUAA